AGUGCUACUUAGUAAGUGGUUUUUGUAAGUUAUUGUUUAUAAGAGUAAACCAUCCUUAAUAAAAAAACAUAUUGCCACUAUAGAAAACUGCAACAAAAGGUAAGAUGGAUAGUCAUUAUACGGAUCUUCUACAAGAACUAGAAUGCCCGAUUUGUACCAACUACAUGUCCCCACCAAUACGACAAUGUGCCACUGGCCACAGUAUCUGUGAAGACUGCCGGAGAAAACUGCCAAAAUGCGCAUUGUGCCAGGGAGUAUUUACGGAAUCCAGAAACAUUUCCCUGGAAGGCCUGGCUGUAAAAAUGCGUUAUCCUUGCAUAAAUAAAAGUUCUGGAUGCAACCUAAAACUUGCCUACAACGAGAGAGAAAUCCACGAAUCAAAGUGUCCCUUUAAAGGCUACAAAUGUGCUAUGGACGAAUGCCCUUGGGUAGGAAGAGCAGAAGAUAUUCCAGGGCACUGGGCUUCUAAAAAAUUACCCACCAAACCUUACGGCGCACAUAACGUCUGCUACACUAAACUGAAGCCGAAAUCUUACUUCGUCAAUAUAGUUGAGGCGUUUGAUAAAGUGUUUUGGUUUAAAUGUAAAAUAAUCAACAAAAAAUGGUGCUGGGCUGUACAGUAUAUCGGGAAGGCUUCAGAGGCCGAAGAUUAUUGGUAUGAGAUUGAUAUUUUCAAACCUGAACGCAAUAAACGUAAAAUAUUGCUGUGCAAUUACUGUCAGUCUGUUGAUUUAGGUAACUCGGUUUUAUUUGAAGACGCAUGUAUUUCUGUACCUUCGGAUGUGGUACAUCCCUUUCUUAACGAAAAUCAGACACUUGUGUACCAUAUGAGAGUGCACGCUGCUAAAGGAAAUAAAGGUGAUGUUAAAUUUAAUGAGACUGUCCCAGCACGAAAGCAACGAGACAGAUCAAAGGGACCACACAACAAGAAUAAAGCUAAAUAAAAUACCAGAGGGAAGCAAAAUAUAUAUUGCUAUUGACCUGAAAAGUUCUUUUAGGUUUAUAAUUUUAGUUUAUGUCAAUGUAAAUUACAUAAAGUUAUUAAAAUUUAGUGUCAUUCAAUAAGCAUAAUAAAUAAAAUUAUAAGAAAAAAU